AAGUGAUUAGUUCCCUCAUUUUAGGAGGAAUAUGAGGACGCAAAGACGACUCUUUGUUUACUUGUAAAAACUAUUAUCAUGCGCCAAUUUUUCCCUUUGCUUUGAGAAUCCUCUCCCUGCCAUUCUCCUAAAGGGUUCAUUGUUUGGGAGAACGGCAGGGUUUAAACGACGUGUUUUGACAUAAAGUGUGAUCAUCAAGACUUUAUAAAAAUGUCUUCAUCAUCUAAGGAUGAUCAAUCAUCCAAUACACCAUCUUCGGAUUCUUCAUCAAAUUCACCAUCAUCAUCUUCUUCGAAUUCUCCAUCAUUUGGCUCAUCCUCAAAUUCUUUGCCAUCCCAAGACAAUUCAUCUCCAUCCAAUGAUUCAACAUCCCAAUCUCCUCCUCAAAGUAAUUCAUCAUCUUCUCCGCCAUCAGGGGAUAAUAAUAACUCGUCUCCUUCCGGUGGUAACAACAACAAUAAUGACAAUAACAACGACAACAAGGAUAACAACAACAAUAAUGGUAACAGCAACAACAACAAUAAUGGUAACAACAACAACAAUAAUGGUAACAACAACAACAACAAUGAUGGUAACAACAACAACAAUGGUAACAAUGAUAAUGACAACAAUAACAACGACGGUAACAAUAAGAAUGACAAUAACAACAAUAAUGGUGGGAACAAUAACAACAACAAUAAUGGUGGUAACAAUAAUAAUAACAACAACAACAAUGGUGGUAACAACAAUAAUGGUAACAAAUCUUCACCACCAGGAAAAUCGUCAAAUUCAAAUGGAGGUUCAUCACCUCCUCCCCCCCCACCACCACCACCUCCUCCACCACCUCCUCCUUCUCCUUUUUCUCCUAACUCCGGGUUUCUUUCUCCUCCAAAGCAUAAGCCACCACCAAGCAAGUCCUUAGAUAAUAAUAAUAACAACAAGCCUAAUGAUAACGGGACAGCCAUCAUUGUAGGAGUUGCUGCUGCAGGAGGUCUAUUACUUCUUGUCAUGUUAGUUUUCCUUAUAUCAUGUUGUAAACGCAAAAGGAGAAGGCCACGCGACCAAAUGGGCUACUACAGGGACAAUUCUCAUGGAGGCAAUAGUACUGACUACUAUAACAGUGGACCAUAUGGGAAUUGGCACAACAACAACAAUAUUCAAUCAACGGAUCAUAUGGUGAAAAUGCCUAAUCCACAAGCACCGAGUACUAACGUAAGUUCAGAACUGAGUUGGCCAAUAGCACCUCCACCACCACCACCAAUGAUGAGUAGCAGUGAAUUAAGCUCUGCUGCUUUCUCUGGUCCGCAACAACCUCCAUUGCCACCCCCACACCCAUCAAUGGCUCUUGGUUUUAACCAAAGUAGUUUUACAUACGAUGACUUAUCUACCGCAACUGGAGGAUUUGUUAAGUCUAAUCUAUUGGGACAAGGUGGUUUUGGCUUUGUACAUAAAGGGGUCUUGCCUAAUGGCAAGGAUAUAGCUGUCAAAAGUCUAAAAGCUAAUAGUGGACAAGGUGAACGAGAAUUUCAAGCUGAAGUUGAAAUUAUUAGUCGUGUACAUCAUCGACAUCUUGUCUCUUUAGUUGGUUAUUGCAUUGCUGGAUCUCAAAGGUUGUUGGUAUAUGAGUUUGUUCCUAAUGGCACUCUUGAGUAUCACCUUCAUGGAACUGGUCGCCCUGUUAUGGACUUCCCUACUAGGCUUAAAAUUGCAUUAGGAUCUGCCAAAGGCUUCGCGUACCUUCAUGAAGAUUGCCACCCUCGUAUUAUUCACAGAGACAUUAAAGCUGCUAAUAUUUUACUGGACCAUAACUGUGAAGCUAAGGUUGCUGAUUUUGGAUUAGCUAAACUUUCCAACGACACUAAUACACAUGUUUCUACGCGUAUCAUGGGUACUUUUGGGUACUUAGCACCAGAAUACGCUUCAAGUGGCAAGCUAACUGAAAAGUCUGACGUCUAUUCUUAUGGUGUUAUGCUGUUGGAACUUAUAACUGGGCGUCGUCCUAUAGACAUCAGCAGUGAUGAUGAUACUUUAGUGGAAUGGGCUAGGCCAAUUCUGAUUCGUGCAACAGAGGGUGGAAACUACGAUGAAUUAAUAGAUCCACGUUUGGAAGGAAAUUUUGAUGCCCAAGAGAUGCUAUGUAUGGUAGCUUGUGCUGCUGCAUCCAUCAGACAUUCAGCAAGAAGACGUCCCAAAAUGAGUCAGAUUGUACGUGCUUUAGAAGGUGAUGUGUCUCUGGAUGAUUUAAAUGAGGGAAUGAAGAAGUCCCCGAGUACUGCAAUGUUUGGUUCUAGUGAAAGUUCUGAAUACGAUGGAGGUUCAUAUGACCUUAAGAAAUUCAAGAAAUCUGGAAUGUCGAGUCAAGAAUUCACAAGCAGUGAACAUGGUAUCGGUGAAUUUGUCCAUUCCGGUGGUGAAUCUCAAGAACAUGGGCAGAAAAGGCACACCCCUUAAGGAAAAUGGAUCAU